UUGAUGUGAAGUAAUCCAUGUCAAGCUUUUCACCUGUACACAAAUGUAUAUUUGAAUUUGUUUUGAACUUCGGUUUUAAGCCUUGAAAAUGAUACCCGUUCUAUGCCUGGAAAAUUUGAAGUGACAGGAGCAGCCGAGGUAGUUGCGGGCAGCAAUGGCUUACCCUGGGAAAGGCAAAUGGAAAUGGAAGUGUAUGAGAUAUCUUGCCUUGAUCUUUAUAAUGACACUACUUUUUUCAGGUUUUGAGCUCUCGCGGAUAGGGAAUUCAAAGAGCGGAGGAAGGCAGCAGAAAUUCCAUUAUCUUGCGUUAGGCCCUGCUGCCGGACAGGGCUUACCUAAUCGCAUCCAAUGUCAAGGUCUUAAUGCCAUAAAAAAGCGGCCACUGCCAUCAUUAUCUGGCUUGACUCUUGUGAAUAGAAAAAUUUCCUUUGUCUCUGUCUUUGCUAUCUACAACCAGUCUCUACAGACUUCUGUGCAGAGAGCAUCAACAAAUGUGACAGUGGGGAACACUACAUUUGACAAGAUAGGAAGGUCUAUGGAAAUUUUGAAUGUGUUUGCAAAUUUCAUCAAGGUAUCAAUGCCUAAAAGUAAUAUCUUCAUUUUGACUGAUGCCACCAGCAAUUUUCCAGCUGUUCCUAGCAAUGCUGCUGUGAUGCAUAUUCCAGGAAACUACUCACGGAAUAACUUGAUGCUUCAGAGGAUCAAAUCUUACAUUGACUUCUUGGAAGCAAGGUUAUCAGGGAAUAUAUGGAAGCAAAAUCAGGUUGAACAUUUCAUUUUCACUGAUUCAGACAUAGCAGUGGUUGAUGAUCUUAGCCAUAUCUAUGAAGACUACCGAGACUUUCACAUAGCUCUCACUUUUCGAAAUAAUAAGCAUCAGCCUCUAAACUCAGGCGUGAUCUUUGUUAGAGGAACUGUGGAAGGUGUUUCAAAAGCAAAAGCAUUUUUGGAGGAAGUUUUGGAAGCUUACAAAUCUAUGUUCAUGAAAGCUGCUCGUAUGUUGGGAGAUCAGCUGGCUUUGAAUUGGAUUGUUAAAAGCCAGCCUCUAUUUGAUGUCAAAAGGUUUAGGGCUCCUAAAGCUUUUGUUGCUGAAGUUCAUAGGACUCGAGUCUUAUUUUUACCAUGUUCUAUCUUCAACUGGACUCCUCCUGAAGGUGCAGGACAAUUUCAUGGCAUGCCUGAGGAUGUGAAGGUUAUCCAUUUCAAGGGAUCAAGGAAACGACUUAUGUUAGAAUCCUGGAAUUUUUUCAAGUCUCAUCCUGUUGAUUUUUCAGACAUGAUGUGUCUGAUUUUAAAAAGUGGAAGGACAAAGUAUGAUUUCUAAUUAGCUAAUAAUUGUUUGAGCCUUGACAAUGGUCUUCUUCAUAUAGAAGCUACAGUUGAUUUAUUAAUUGUCUUGAUCAAAACAGAUGAAAGAAUUAAGGAGUCCAUUCCAUGCAUUGAUCUAUAUGUAAUAUGUAUAUCUUGUUGAAGCAUAUGGAAUCCAAGUCCUUCAAAUUCUUUUUAUAAUAAUUGGAAAUGAGUCCUUCGAAUCUUGUUAUGGAUAUUAUAGAAAUGAUGAAAAAUGGCUUGAUUCUAUAGAAGUUGCAUGUCCUAUAACAAUAAUACAAUUUGUAAUACUUAUGUUAAGGUGUAACAAAUGCUAAAAGUAAAAUUGCACUUUUAUUUCAA